UUACAGAUCAAUCACCGAUGUGAUUCCGAAUUUGUGACAGCGCUUCAAUGCUAACCGAACGUGGGUCGAAUGGUCCUCCAGAGGGUCACUAAAGAUCAAGAUGUCGUGUACGUACAAUUUUGAAUACAUUGGACAAUCCCUGAAGGGCCAAGCGUCCUGGGAAGGAGUAAGCAUCGCCCAUUGCCGAGAAGCCCAUGGGCAAAUGAAAGUGUUCGAAAAAUAGUGGAUGAGAAACUGAAAGAGAUGCACAUACUGAACAUAUCUCCGGGCAAAAAUCAAAGUGUCCAUCGACAAGGUAGACAGUUUUGUAAUUGUGCCCCGGGAGCGCGUGGUAGACCUGGGCCGAUGGGUCCUGAGGGCGCCCCCGGAGCAAACGGCCCCAAUGGAACACCGGGGGAUAUUGGUCCCCCUGGUAACCAAGGACCACCCGGGGCACCAGGAGCACAUGGAAUCAUAGGCACCAAUGGAGCCAAUGGGGCCAUGGGACAAACUGGAGCCCCUGGGAUUCCUGGACUUGAUGGAGCUCAUGGCAAAGCUGGAUUGGGUGGUGCAGCAGGAGCUACGGGAGCUGCUGGAAUAUCUGGUGCUCCGGGAAUGUCUGGGGACGUGGGCGUACCUGGGAGAUAUGGGCAACCUGGAUCAAGUGGCAAUUCAGGGAAAAACGGUGCUCCAGGGCCAAUUGGAUCACGCGGACCCACUGGCCUAGUUGGAGCAGUUGGCGUUCCGGGACCACCUGGUAGCCCAGGAACAAUUGGGCCAUAUGGGCCCAUGGGACUUGAUGGUGCUUCAGGUGCUGCUGGUGAGCCAGGUGUGAUAGGGAGCCCAGGCAGUCGUGGUUCAACAGGUCCAAUUGGCCAAGAUGGGAAGAACGGUCAAGAUGGUCAAAACGGCACCCCAGGUCGUAUGGGUGGGCCCGGAAUUACUGGAAAACUGGGCAGCUUGGGAACGACAGGCCAUUAUGGGCUACCGGGAGUGCCAGGUAUAAGGGGUGCUGUUGGAAAACCCGGAAGACAUGGAUUACCAGGACAAGUUGGACCCCCUGGGAAGCCAGCAUGCCCGACACCCGCCGACGGUGGGCCAUUGGGCCAGUCCGAUUGCAUGGGCAAUGCUGAGAUAAGCGAUGAUUACUCCACCAUAGUGGAAGAUAUUCCUGUCAAAACUAUUGAACCCAACACUUGCUACACUUUGGAGUCGUUGAAUUAUCCAAUGCCGCAUCCCACAUACAAAGCUUGUACUUAUUCUUUCGAGGUACCUCCCAACCUCACAGGGCAGUUCAAGAUGGCAUCAGAAGACAUCGACUUCUCGUCUGAAGUUGGACCUACCGGUUCAGUUUAUAUUGAAACAGACUUUUCUGUUGCGGAGUACUCGAGCUUGGAGACAAACCUAGUACUGGACGUGAACCCAGGGUCGGAUGUCUUCAUCGGAGUUGCGUUUGACUUUUCGGACUUCUUAGAACCUCCGAGUUAUCCAUCCGACACCCUAAGGGGAAAUGGAUUUCGUUUACAGUUUUGCACGUCUUGCGAGUCAGAUUGAUCCAAUGCAAUGCCAAUAAAGUUACAGUUAAAUAUAUUUAUUUUUAAGCCAUAA